CCGCGCGAUUGUCUAGUCAACAGAGGCUCAGCUGUUGUAGGGCGACCGCGGGAACAAAACAUACAUAUAUUCCAUCGUCCGGUUCCAGGGAGGGACUCCGGACUUCCGCGGGAUCUGUGUUUCGGAGAAUAUAACGGGAAUACAUCAGCAUUCGUUUUUCACAUACAACCCAAGAGACGUUGGGUUGGCAUAGCGGAGGUUUAAAUCGAGGACAGUCUCUCUCGAGAGAGGAAAGAAGGAAAAUGGAGCUGGAUGACGGAGUUGUGUACCAGGACGACCCGGGGACAUCGGCGAUCAUGUCGGAGAGGGUCUCGGGCCUGGCCACCUCCAUCUACCGCGAGUUCGAGAGACUCAUCCGCCAGUACGACGAGGACGUGGUGAAGGAGCUGAUGCCGCUGGUCGUGGCGGUGCUGGAGAACCUCGACACCGUGUUCGCGGAGAACCAGGAGCACGAAGUGGAGCUGGAGCUGCUGAAGGAGGACAACGAGCAGCUGGUCACGCAAUACGAGCGCGAGAAAGCGCUGAGGAAACACGCCGAGGAGAAGUUUAUUGAACUUGAAGAUUCCCAAGAGCAAGAGAAGAAGGACUUGCAGAACCAUCUGGAAAGUCUUUCAUCACACUCCCGUCAGCUGGAGCUGAAGAUCAAGAGCUAUGCUGACCAGAUAAGUCGAUUAGAGGAGCGAGAGGCUGAACUCAAGCGCGAGUAUAACUCCCUUCAUCUGCGGCAUACAGAGAUGAUCCACAACUACAUGGAGCAUGUGGAACGGAUCCGGAUGCAGCAGACGGGAGGAGACGCCUCUGACACAGGAACAAUUGGCCGAGUCCGGAAAGAGCGGCCCCUGUCUCUGGGAAUCUUCCCCUUGUCCGGCGGUGGCACUUCACUGACGCCUGACAUCCAGACCAGAGUCGAGGCUCCUGGGACGGAGGGCUGGAGAUUCAAUAACCUCAGUCAUCAGCGCUCCAACGCCAGCCUCAAGUUGGAGGCGGAGGACGCUCCAAAGAAAAGGGAUGGUAAGGAUGUUCUGGAAACUUGGGACUCACUGGCAAACGACUGCAAGGAUGAGCUGUCUGACCUCAGCCAGGGCGGCUCAAAGUCUGUGACUCCCAUGUCCACCACGGCCUCUGAUCUGGCUCUGGACUCGCACCGAGAGGAUGGAGAGGGAUUGUGGAAGAACACAGAGGUCCAGGCUGUUCCAGGGACCAGGAGCGUCUCUGCGGGUCUGGCUGAUAAUGAGAAGUCUGAUGUUGAGGCCAUUAUUGAGUCCACACCAGAGCUGGACAUGGACCUCGGAUAUAAAGGUUCAAGCACCCCGACCCGAGGGAUUGAGAACAUGGCAUUCGACCGAAAUACAGAGUCUCUCUUUGAAGAAGUGUCGUCAGCAGGCACGGGUUUGAUUGGAGACGUGGAUGAAGGAGCAGAUCUGUUGGUGGAGUACUCUGGCAUGGGUCGUGAGGUGGAGAAUCUCAUUCAGGAAAAUGUGCAGCUGCUUGAGACAAAAAAUGCAUUGAACGUGGUGAAGAACGAUCUGAUCGCCCGUGUGGACGAGCUCUCCUGUGAGAAGGAUGUUCUUCGGGGGGAGAUGGAUGCGGUUUUGCUGGCCAAAGCCAAACUAGAGGAGAAAAACAAGGAGCUGGAGGAGGAACUCAAAAAAGUGAAAGCAGAGGCAGAGGUGAUCAAACAGAACAAUAAUAAAGAAGAAGAUGAGAGCGAUGUGCCCACAGCUCAGAGGAGGAGGUUCACGCGGGUGGAGAUGGCUCGAGUCCUGAUGGAGCGAAACCAGUACAAGGAGAGACUGAUGGAGCUGCAGGAGGCCGUCAGGUGGACGGAAAUGAUCCGAGCGUCACGGGAAAACUCUGAAGGUGCAGAGAAGAAGAGGUCAAGCAUCAGGCAAUUCUUCAGUCGCCUGUUCAGUUCCUCCAGUUCUUCAACGUCCGGCAGCACAGCGAGAGCUGUACCCUCCAGCGUCAAGUACAACCAACCCAGCAUCAUGAAAAAGAGCAACACCUUCUCCCAGUUCCCAAGAGAGAAGUCCAAAACGUUCGACUUCCUCAAAGAAGAGGUGGACUCGAGUGGGUCCCUGUCCCGCCGGGAGCAGAAGCGCGCUCAAUACCAGCACGUGAAAGCCCACGUUCAGAAGGAGGACGGCAGGGUCACAGCACACGGCUGGAGUCUCCCGGGCAAAUACAAGGUUGCUAAUGGUGGCCAAGCGGAGAACAAAAUAAACCUUCCUGUUCCUGUGUGUCUCAGGCCACUGGAGCAGAAAGAUGCUUCUAUGAAGCUCCUGUGUGCCGCUGGAGUGAACCUCUCAGGUGGACGCUCAUGUGAGGGAAGCUCUGGCGUCUCUGGUGAAGAGUCCACGGGGGAAACGGACGCCCCCAAACAGACGAAAGGCUCUCAGAGCAGCCUAGAUCAGCUGGAGCAGGAGCCUACGGAGCAGGAGCGGGAGCAGACGGUGCACGUGGAGAUGUCCAGUCGUGUUUGGAUCUGUACGAGCACUCACUCCUCCACAAAGGUGAUGAUCAUGGAUGUGACACGACCCGAUGACCUGCUGGACAGCUUCUAUGUCUGUAACUCGCGUGUGCUGUGCAUCGCCAGCGUACCAGGAGUCUUGGAGACAGACUGUCCUGCAGGGGAGGAGAUCCCUCAGGACCCGGAGGCGGGGCCAGACGCUUUAUUGGCCAGUGGCAGCUCUCAGGGCAGUGAGGGGGUGUUGAGUGACGUGUCAGCGGUGGGCUGCAGUGUUGAAGAGUCCAGCACAGGCUCUCAGACGGGCAGCACAGGGACCACCCAACGCUCAGCAGAACAGAGUCCGGCCAGAGGAAGUGAUCUUUCCAGAGCUCCCAGUGAAGACGGGGUCCCUGCAGCGGAGGAGGCUACGGAGGCCACUGAGGAAGACCAGGAGAGCCCGGGACAGGACACCAGCCAGCCAGGGAUCUACACGGAGCACGUGUUUACAGACCCGCUGGGAACAGAGUCUUCUGGGGCUUCAGCAGGGAGCGAUAACCACAGGGAGUCUGAUCAGGACAGGCACGAUACGGCCUCAGCAGGCGAAAAGACAAAUCUGGAGGAAGAAGAGACCCAGCGGAUGAGCAGCGCACUGCCUACCAUGUGGCUAGGGGCUCAGGACGGCUGUUUAUACGUGCACUCAUCGGUCGCUCGAUGGAGGAAGUGUCUUCACGCCGUCAGGCUGAAGGAUUCCAUCUUGAACAUUGUACAUGUGAAAGGCCGUGUUUUGGUGGCUCUGACUGACGGUACACUGGCCAUCUUUCACAGAGGUCUUGACAGCCAGUGGGAUUUAACCAACUACCACCUCUUGGACCUCGGCCGGCCGCAUCACUCGAUCCGCUGCAUGACCAUUGUGCAUGAUAAAGUGUGGUGCGGCUACAGGAACAAGAUCUACGUGAUUCAGCCCAGAGCUAUGAAAAUAGAGAAGUCUUUCGAUGCCCACCCGCGUAAGGAGAGUCAGGUGCGUCAGCUGGCCUGGGUGGGUGACGGUAUCUGGGUGUCAAUCCGGCUAGACUCCACCCUCCGCCUCUUCCACGCUCACACCUUCCAGCAUCUCCAGGACGUGGACAUUGAGCCUUAUGUCAGCAAAAUGUUAGGAACAGGAAAACUGGGCUUCUCUUUUGUGAGGAUCACGGCUCUAAUGGUUUCCUGUAACCGGCUGUGGGUGGGAACUGGAAAUGGUGUCAUCAUCUCCAUCCCUUUAUCAGACUCUGUGGGUCAGUGUGGAUAUCUAGGUCAGAGGGCAGCUCAUAAGAGUGUAGGAGCGAUCGCCUGUCGUCCCGGUGGGACGGUGCGAGUGUAUGACGACACUGUGGAUGGUGCGGUGACGGGCUCAUACGUACCGUACUGCUCUAUGGCACACGCUCAGCUCUGCUUCCACGGCCACAGAGACGCUGUUAAAUUCUUUGCUACAGUUCCAGGUCAGGUUAUUGUGCCAGGAGCUGAAGUUACGACCGAGAGCUCAGACGGCAAGAGCAUGCUCAUCAUGAGCGGAGGAGAGGGCUACAUCGACUUCAGGAUCGGUGAUGAGGACGGUGGUUUGGGACGAGAUGAAGAUGAGGAAUCAGCCGAACACACUUUAAAGCUGCAGUCGGCUCCUGCCAAACCUGAGCGCAGUUAUGUUAUAGUCUGGCAGGUUGCUUCAGGUAGUGAGUGACUGCUAAAUCACAGCUGCAGGUUCAACGGAGAACUCACACGGGCUUAUUAUUUUACAACUGUUCUUAAUACAGACAUUAAUAUUAGUAUUAAUAGUGCUGUUCUUAAUACUACGUCACAACGACUUCUGAUAUUUGUGCUUGGAUGUUUAUUUAAUUGUAUUGUUUUAGAUGAAUCUGCCAUUGACAGAAAAGAGAUGGAAUGAAGGAACCAAACCACGACUUGAACUCCGUCCGCAGCUAUGAUAAAAUCCCAUGCUGAGAGUUUUAUAACGAAAUCGGUCACCCAAAAAUAAGAUUUGCUAAAAAUGUGCUCACCCUCAGGUCUUCCAAGAUGUAAAUGCAUUUGUUUCUUCAUCAGAACAGAUCUGGAGAAACUUAGCAUUGCAUCACUUGUGAAUGGGUGCCGUCAGAAUGGGAGUCCAAACAUUUCAUAGUCUCAUCUACAUCUUGGAUUGCCAGAGGAUGACUACAAUUUUUCAGCAAAUUUUAAUUUUUGGGUCAACUAUUCCUUUAAGAGUUUACAGCACAUAAUUUUAGGGACAUUAGUUUUUUUUUAUGUUAGCUGCUUAAGAUACAUUUUUGUGUUUUUUUGUUCUUCACAGAAUUGAUCAGACGUUUCUCUUUGCACUAUGGCAGUGGUAGCAUUGUGAAGUUCAUGUAUAUAGAGACUCGGAGAGCUAUUUUAUUUGCUAUCUGGUGAGCGGUGUCUCAGCAUCUUUACGGCAUGCUGUGCGCGUGUGUUUGCAUGAGUCCUGUAUCAUUCCUACACCGAGCCCCGGAGCUCUAGAAAUCCUUCGCGCUAAAGCUUGCUGGCACUUUAAAGACCGUACCGAACACACAAACAGUACACAGACCCGGUUUACAGCAGUUGAGAUGGUCUGCCUCUGCCCCUUUCACCAAAGGAUGAAACACAGAACAAAUAACAAACACUAAACAGCCUAGUUGUUGAAUAUUUUGCAUUGCCAAGGCUUUUCAAUGUUCUGUGAUUCUCUUAGCAAUGGACAAAAUAAUGUUAAUAAAAAAAAAAUUGACUGGGAUUGUAUAAUAAAUGAUUCGUAUUUCUUGUAUCAGAUUUGGUUUCGUUUGCUUCAGCACUAAACAUCUCUGAUAAUUAAUGUAGGUUUUUGUCUGUAUCGUGUGUCCCAGUUUUCUAAUUCUAAUCCGAUUUUGCCCUCCUUUUGUAUCUGGUCUGUACGACACUUUUAUUGUACCUUGAUGUCUGUUGAAACAUAUGCAACAAUGGUGUUUGACUUUUUAUGUGUAAAUGGGGAAAGGGGUCUGGUUUGGGCGCAUUUGAUUUCUUUUAAAAUCUGAUACCGUUACAUAAAGGGAAUCUUUCUAUCAUUGUCGUUGCCAUUCAAGUAUUUAUUUUUCAUAAUGAACUUUACGGUUCAGAAUGUAACUUUUUACAUGUUUGCGAACAAGGACGAUAUUGUUUUGUUUUACAUCUCAGACCUUUAAGAAGCGAUGUUUUCGUGUUGAAGGAACUGAAUAAUAAUUUUGACAGUAUUAGACCGUAUAACCUCCAUGACUCAUUUGGGAAAUACACGUUAAUUGUAUUAAGCUAUGCAUGUUGUUUUAUUUUUGUUGUUGGUUUUUUUUAAAAAUAAGUACAAUGUGGUUUGUUAGUUCUACUGUUUAUCGCCACCUUUUUGGGUGGUUGUGUGUGUGUUUUGUCACUGUAUCCCUUAAAUUUGACUGGACUGCUUGUGCACCACAGUCUGUCAUUAUUAUGUUUUUCUUGUCAAAAGUUUGCUAAAACUGCAUCAUAGCCUUAUUUUUUAAACUCUAUUAAACUCAAUUUCAUGGGGAAUUCA